AUCUCGCUCUCCGCUCAAGCAGCCCGCCUAGCACACCAUGGUCUUUAUACCCGCUCUCCUCAUUUUCUUCGCCAGCCUUGCAGCUGCGCACUUCGACCUAGUCUAUCCACACUCGCGCGGUGAUCCUUUUGCUGCUCCCGCAUCCGAGUACAUCUACCCUUGCACAGGGUACAAUGCGACCAACAACCGUACCGUCUGGCCGACGACAGGUGGCUCGCUCGUUGUACACUUCCAUCACACCUUCACCUACGUAUGGAUCAACCUUGGCCUUGGUAAUCAAACGACAGCCUUUACUAUCAGCUUGAUGCCAGAAGGUGCCGGCGUUCUACCGUAUAAUGAAACGGGUAACGGCACGAUUUGUUUGCCUAAAGUCACAAUCCCAGCAGGAAGCGGUGUCGUGGACGGUGGGAACGGAAGCCUGCAAGUUAUUACUGUUGGCGACGGCGGGACCGCGCUUUACAACUGUGCCGAUCUUACUUUCUCAUCGAGUGCGUCGCUCCUCACUGCUGGUCAAGGAGACUGUGUCAACAGUACCGGCGUGAGUAUGCGAUUGCUGAGCCAACAAACCAACGGCACCAGCGCUGUGCCAUCGAUCGCACAAUCUACGAGUACAUCCUCAGCAUCCGCCUCGGCAGGCUCUGCAACAAGCGCUGGCGAGAAAGCAGUGCAAUUGUCGUCAUCUUACUUCAGUGUCGGUAUCGCCUCGAUAUUCAUGGCACUCGGAGCCGUGUCGGGUUUGUAGCUCCUUCGGGGUGCUAACGACUCCCGAGCCAUCGUAAAGGGGACGCGCCGAUCUGUUGAUAUUGCGGUACUAUCAAGCUGAAGACGGUCAACAUAGAGCGUCUUCCGAAUGUAGUCUGGUAGCUUUCUAAAAGAAUGCAGUGC